AAAGUUCGGUUUUUUUUUUUUUCUUUUUUUUUCUAUGCAAUGAGUAAUGCUGUUAGAAAAGUAUCUGAUGCUAUUAACAUCGUAUUCUAUGGUGUAUCAUUAUUUGGUUUGGCAGGAACACUUCAUGUCAUCCAAAUCAGUUCAUUUCUCUUAAGACCGUUUUCAGAAAAACUUCUUGUUAGAAUCAAUUCAAAAUUAGUUGGAACAACAUGGAAAGUGAUGCAAUACAUAUUUGAGGUAACUCAAAGUAGAUUUAUAUAGAUUUUAUCAUCUUAAAAUUUCAUAAAAAAAAAAGCGACGUAAAAAAGCUCAUAUUACAUUUUCUGGUGAUAAACUUCCAUAUAAAGAAAACGCACUUGUCAUAAGUAAUCACCAAUCAUGGACUGACAUUUACUUGAUUCACUCUGUUGCAAUUAGAAGAAAUAUGCUGGAAAAUUGUAAAUAUUUCGUAAAGGAUUCACUUAAAUAUUUACCUUUCUUUGGAUGGGGUAUGUGGCUUGCAGGAUUUGUAUUUGUUCGUCGUAAUUGGACACAAGAUCAAAAGAAAAUUGAUGCUACAUUCAAAACAAUAAGACGACUUCAAACACCAGCUUGGAUUAUUAAUUAUGUUGAAGGAUCUCGAGUCACUUUAAGGAAAUUGUAUGAUUCUCAGAACUUUGCUAGACAAAAAUCGUAUCCUGUUAUGGACAAUUUACUUUUACCACGAACAAAAGGAUUUGUUAGUUGUGUUAAUGAGUUUAGAGGAAAAGAUUCUCAUAUCAAAUAUGUGUAUGAUUUUACAAUUGCUUAUAGAAAUAGAAGACAUCCUAAAAGAUUUAAUCAGGCACCUAGUAUGAUAAGGGCUCAUAUUCAUUCUUUAUGGCCAGAAUAUGAAUUCCAUGUUCAUUGCAGACGAUUUGCUAUUGAGGACUUGCCAGAAGAUGAAAAUGAAUUAAAUGAUUGGUUAAGAGCAAGAUGGCUCGAAAAAGAUCGUCUUUUAACACUAUUAAGAAGUCAAUGGAUAAAUGGCUUGGAUAAGAAUAUUAUGUGGAAAGAAUAAGCUUCUUCUACUGUUACUGAGAAGGAAGAUGAUAUAAUAAAUAGAUAUAGUGUAAAACAUUAUUAUUUAUCGUCGUCGUGACUUUUUUAUAUAUAUGUUUUAAAGAUGUAAAACCUG